AUGUUGGAAUUGUUAUCUGAACCAGCGCCUUUAGUAAGAUCUCAAUGGAAUAAUAUUUCAUUUGAUGCUCCAAUAUUAAUCGAUAUCGAUCAACCACUUUCGCCAACUUUUUAUUGUAUAUAUGGAAUUGAAUUAGUAUUAUUAGUUAUAUCUACAAUAUUCAUGACUUGGUUUAUUCGAUUAUUAUAUUCGUUUCAAAUGUUUCACAUUAAUUUGAAACUCAUGUUGGUUUUUCAUUUUGUCAUUUAUUUGUUCGGUGGAAUCUCGAGAUUUUAUUUGAUUUUGGUUCAAAUGGAUAUUGUCACAGGUAAUGUUUUAUGGUCCUGAGAACAUAUAAUUUAGAAUUUUAGACUUAUCUUCUCCGUUAUUUUUAAUAUCUUCAUUUUUCCGAUGUCAAUACUAUGCACAUGCAAUUUGUGCGGUGCCUGGUAUUGUUGUUGAAAGGUAAAUUUUGUUUACUUGGAUUCCAAUUGAAAAAUGAACCUGUUAUUACGAAGUUGGUAAAAACAGGACGGGUGCUCCUGGAACAGAGGUGGGGAACCUGACCUCACGUUAGCAUCAUGUUGGCUUUGGUGGUAAAAACAUAAGCCAUGACAGGUCCAAGUUAGAACCUGGCUACCUGUCCUGUCCUGGACAGGCUCUUUUUUUAGUUGACAAAAAACACGUCGAACAAAUAGGAGAUCGCAUUUUUAUUUUUUCCAAUGCAGACUGGCGAAACAGUCAGAAAAUCCUCAAAAAUUCUAAAUUUUGAAGAAAGCCGUAUUUUUUCAGCAAAGCUGACGUGAGAAAAAAGAUUUCUUUUGAAAAAGUUACGCCUGGGAAUACAAAUUGUGAAGUUUAUACAAAAAAGCGGGCGUAAAACUAUUGUCAAUCCGAAAAAAUAAGAACCUUGGAGAGAGAACGGAUAUGGCCUAGAAAACCAAAACUACAGUAGACUUCGCGAAAUUUUGUAGUCUAUUUGAAAAAUAAAAUGAGAAAUUUUUUAUUUUCGGAUCGACAAUAUAAAAAAAUUAAUCUACCUAUGAAAUGUUUCAUAGUUUGUUUUUCAAUAAAAUCUGGAAGCUGAUCCUUUACCAUCAAGUGUAAUUCACAGCUUCAUCUAAUCAUUUAAACAUAGUAAUUUAUAAACAACUUUCCUUUAACAUCAAUAGUAAUUAUGAAUAAAAAACUUUACCCAAUAUGUUUCAAUGAAGCUCAAAUCUCACCUGUUAGUUUUGCUCCUCCCCCUCCCCCAAACCUCAAAAUAAACUAACUUGACUGGCCCGUUCCGUGAAAAGUUGUUGAUAUCUUCGAAUUUCCUGUCCAAACAAAACAUCUUCUUCUUCGGAAGCCUGAAACUUCUACAUGCUUUUUUUCAAAAUUUUCGCCUAUUCUUAAACUUACAUCAGAAAAUGACAAUUGUCGAUUUUAUGGGACCGCUGCAUUCGAGUGACUGUUGUCUCUAAAAAAAUAAGAAAAUUAAAAAAUGUACCAAACCACCCCAUUAAUAACUUUUUCUGCGCUGAAAAAACCACUCAAAAACCAGAAAAAAAUCACCCCAUAAAGAAAGAACGGAAAAAAUAAGAGUGUAUGUCAACACCGACUGCCCGCAAACACCAAAUCCUACGCGCAACCUUGACGCGAAAUACGCGCUGUGUGUUUUCGCGAAGAAAUUUCUGGGGAUUUUUAAAAAUUGGGAACCCCCCAGAUUUUAGAAAUGGACAUGAUUAAAGUAUAACAUAUGGGAACCCUGAGAAUCUCUCCAAUAAAACAAAAAUGUCGUCCAAAAAAAAAGAAAAACAACGAUACUCCGCGUGCACGUUGUUUAGCGUGUUUAUGAAGUGGAGAGAGGAGAGAGGGUUAGAGAGAUAGAGAGAUAUGUUUUUAUUUGAAAAGAAAUUAUUGAUUGAACGUUUUUUUUUAACUGAAUCAUUUUUCUGAUAUUUUUCAGCGCAGAAAGUGUUAUUAAUGGGGUGAUUUGGUACAUUUUUUAAUUUUCUUAUUUUUUUAGAGACAACAGUCACAGAAUGCAGUGAUCCCAUGAAAUCCAGAAUUGUCAUUUUCUGAUGUAAGUUUAAGAAUAGGCGAAGAUUUUGAGAAAAAGAAUGUAGAAGUUUCAGGCUUCCGAAAAAGAAGAUGUUUCGUUUGGAAAGGACAUUCAAAGAGAUCUACAACUUCUCACGGAAAGGGCCAGUCAAGUUAGUUUAUUUUGAGGUUUUGGGGGGGGGGGGGGAGAGGAGCAAAACUACAAAGGGGGAGCAAAACAACAUAUUGGGUAAAGUUUUCAAUUCAUAAUUACUAUUGAUGUUAAAGGAAAGUUGUCUAUAAAUUACUAUGCUUAAAUGAUUAGAUGGAGCUUUGAAUUACACUUGAUGGUAUAGGAUCAGCUUCCAGAUUUUAUUGAAAAACAAACUAUGAAAUAUUUUAUGGGUAGAUUUUUUUUUUAAAUAGUUUUAUGCACGCGAUUUCCAGUUUGUUUUGAAUUUAUUUUUUUUAAUAAUUUUUUUCUCGUUUUUGAAUAUUCUAAGAUCGUGUCAGGUCUCAAUAAAUGCGCGAAAUUUUUCGGGUAGUAAAUUACACUCUGUGGAAUUAUCGAAGGUAUGAUGUUCGGAAAAAAGGGGCAAAAAUCAAAAAUGCCUAAAAUUUCGACAUCCAAAAAAUGAGAACAGGGGUGACCCCAUUGAAAAAUCCAGCUUCCAUCGAGACACCAUCCAAUCGGGAUUUUAUUAAAAAGGUAGAAAAACAUUCUCUGCUAAUUUUUGUUCACGCGAGGACAGGUUGGGCAUAUGGCUUUAGGACAUGUUCAAGUCAUGUUCGAGCCAGGACAAGUUUAGGCCAUGUUCAAGGACAGGACAACAUGAGGCCAGGCUAAUUUCCCGACCCCUGUCCUGGAAGGUUCCAGUUUUAGAAAAACUUCUAGUAUCAAUUCAGCCCAUGUUUUUUCUCAAAAACACAGGCGAAAACCUAUGAAAUAAAACAAGAAAAUGCGCUCUAGCGCACAACUCGUUUUUUGAAUUUUCGUGCGUGUGUUUGCACACAACACUGUGACGCCUUUUUGCAGACGAUUUUUUCACCAGGAGAAUACCAACCCUUUAAAGUUUUCAGUUUCUCAAUUAUGUCACAUGAAGAAUUUUUUCAGAGCAUUUGCAACAAUUUUUGUGAAAGAUUAUGAAUCAAAAAAUCGAAGUUGGAUAAUAAUAAGUUGCCUUUCAUAUCUAUUCAUUCAAUCCCAAUUUUAUGCAAUUCCCCUAACAUUUUUCCGUCCUCCAGUUUAUUAUCCAAUAAUAUUUGCAUGUCUAGCAAUUGGAAUCUCAAAACUUCUUCUCAAUUUUCUUUAUCGUAAAAAUUCUGAAAUUCUUGAGACAACUGCGAAUGGAACUCAUAGAUAUACUUUGAGCAAGAAGUUUCAAAUUGAAGAAAAUCUUCGAGUUAUGUGGUAUCUUCGUGGACUCGGCCUAUUAUUUUUCUUGUGUAUUUCAUUCAUUGUUGCUAUUAUAGUUUUACCAUGGACGUUUUUUGGUCAAAACAGUUUCUAUGGACAAUUGUUCAUUUCAAUGUUUGAUUUUUCAUUGUCAGCGUGAGUUGGUUUUUUUUUCCGAAAUAUUUUUGAAUUUGAAAAUAUUUCAGAGCUGGAAUUAUCUCACCAAUAAUUUGCAUGUUUUAUUUAUAUCAAACUAAUUAUCAUCCAUUUAUGAAACGAUUCAAUUUGAGAAAUGACAAAGUUGAACCAGAUAGAAGAUUAUCAACAACGAUUACAGAUUCGAGGAUUUAUUUUGAACAACUUCAAAAAUCAUGGAGUUAA